ACCCGCCCCUGGUCUCAGGAUCAGUUCAUCUGUUCAAUCUGUCUGGAUUUACUGAAGGAUCCAGUGACCAUUAACUGUGGACACAGUUACUGUAUGAGCUGUAUUACAGACUACUGGAAUCAGGAUAAUCAGAGAGGAGUUUAUAGCUGCCCUCAGUGCAGACAGACCUUCACUACAAGACCUGCUUUAGGUAAAAACACCAUGCUGGCUGAAGUGGUGGAGAAACUGAAGAAGUCAAAACUUCACACUAAUCGAUCUGAUCUCAGUUAUGCUGGACCUGAAGAUGUGGAGUGUGACGUCUGUACUGGGAGAAAAUACAAAGCUAUCAAGUCUUGUCUGGUGUGUCUUGAAUCUUACUGUCAAACUCACUUUGAACAACAUGAAGCUUUUCGCACAGGAAAACGACACAAAGUGAUUGAUGUGACAGGAAGACUUCAGGAGAUGAUCUGCUCUCAACAUGACAGACUCUUUGAGGUUUACUGUCGCACUGAUCAGAGAUGUAUUUGUUUGCUUUGUACGAUGGAUGAACAUAAAAAUCACGACACUGUAUCAUCUGAAGCAGUGAGAGCUGAGAAACAGAGACUACUGGAGAACAACCAGAGCAAACUCCAUCAGAUAAUCCAACAGAAAGAGAAGGAGCUUCAGGAUCUAAGAGAGGCUGUGAAGAUUCACACGAUCUCUGCACAGACAGCAGUGAAGGACACUGAGAUGAUCUUUACUGAACUGAUCAGAUCCAUUGAGAGAAGACGAUCUGAGGUGAUACAACUGAUCAGAGAUCAGGAAAAGACUGCAGUGAGUCAAGCUGAAGAACUACUGAAGAAACUGAAGCAGGAGAUUGAUGAUCUGAGGAGGAGAAAUGAUGAGAUGGAGAAACUUUCACAAACAAAAGAUCACAUCAGUUUCCUUCAGAGUUUCCAGUCUCUCUCUUCAUCUCCUGGAUCGACAGACAUCAUUGUCAGUUUUCUCUCUUUUGAUGAUGUGAGGAAAUCUGUCACUCAACUGAAAGUGAAGAUGGAGGAUUUAUGUAAAGAAGAGGUUAAAAAGAUAUCUAGUGAAGUUACAGACAUUGAAAUUAUUCCCAUCAAUGGACUCAAGACCAGAGCAGAGCUGACACAAUAUUUCAGUCGGUUCUCUCUGGAUCCAAAUACAGCACACAGAUGUAUCUUUCUGUCUGAGGAAAACAGAGUGGCUACAAACACUAACACAGAUCAGCAGUAUUCUGAUCAUCCAGACAGAUUUGAUAAUUAUGUUCAGGUGUUGUGUAGAGAGAGUUUGUGUGGACGCUGUUACUGGGAGAUUGAAUGGAGUGGGAGUAAUGGUGUGGAUAUAUCAGUGUCAUAUAAGAGCAUCAGCAGGAAGGGAGGAGGUAAUGAGUGUGUAUUUGGAUAUAAUGAUCAGUCCUGGAGUUUGUUCUGCUCUCCAUCUGAAUCCUCAUUCUGGCACAAUGGCAUAAACACAGAUCUCCCAGUAGUCUCCGGUUCUUGUAGAUUAGGAGUUUAUGUGGAUCACAGUGCAGGAAUUUUGUGUUUCUACAGCGUCUCUGACACAACGAUCCUCAUCCACAGAGUCCACACCACAUUCACUGAACCUCUUUAUCCUGGGUUUUGGUUACAUGAGAGCUCAAAAGUAAAACUUUGUGAUCUAACAAAAUAAAUGAUACAUGAUUAGAUACUGGUUUAUAUACACAAGUGUCAUCCAAAUCAACUUAUAUUUUAAGAUUUUUCUUUCUAGAUGGGCUGUCUUAAAUUAAGUUUGAACACUAAAACACAUUAAAAAGCAUCUGAUUGUAUAAUCAGAUGUUUUUUAUUUAUUUCAUGAUGUUAAUGAGAAGUACAAACACUAUACACCCCCCUAGAAUUUUACGUUCCCAUAACAUUCUCAGAACGACCCUGCUAGUGUUAAGGACGUUGCCUAGUAAAGUUCCCAGAAUGUUUCGAGACGGACGUGAUGUGGAGUUCUUUAAAAGGUUGGAGGACAUUUUUGGCAGACCUUCACGGAACUUUCAGGCCGUCCCGGGUAUGUUAAGAGAACCAUAUUUUAGGUAGAAAUUUCACGUUCCCAUAACGACCCUGCUGGUGUUAAGGACAUUGUCUAGUAACAUUCCCAGAACGUUAUGAGACGGACAUGAUAUUCAGUUCUUUAAAAGGUUGGAGGACAUUUUUGGCAGACCUCCACGGAACAUUCAGGCCGUCCCGGGUAUGUUAAGAGAACCAUAUUUUAGGUAGAAAUUUCACGUUCCCCUUAACAUUCUCAG